UGCCUGGUAUUCAAUGUGGAAAUUGAGUAGGGGGUUGAAUGAGUACCUAGAUAUCUACCGUUGUGGCGCAUUCUCUCUCUCGAUAACCUCAGUGAUAACAGUGCGGAAAUUUUAGGCGGGAAGUUAAAAAGUAAAAAGAAGAUUACUGAGACACAUGUCAAUGUCACAAGUCGUGUCUUAUUCAUUUUAUCGGUGACAUUACACAUUUCCUAUAUUGAUUUGUAAUUUCUACGACGGAUUUCUAUUUGAAAACUUUUGAAAGAACUGAAGAAUUUGUACGCUUUUGAGGGUGGGAUAUUUGUAUAGAAGGAGGUCACCUUCCAUUGACCAAUUGAGAGAACCAAUUGGUGAUAAAUCAUGAAGAUAAUUUGGGGAAUUUUGUUGAUGAAAAUGAUACUACUGGCAUCGUCUUGUGGCCUACCCACUUAUGACAUCCAGCCUCGGUCAAGUUUAAUUACCUCACCAUGUACUUCCAACAAUGGAUGCUGGGGGUGGUUGCCGACUACGACGCGUCGUGGUGAAAAUAACCGAUUCCAAGAAGCUGAGAAUUAUCGCCUCCAAAACCAUUUAAAUAUUUCAACGUAUGUAAAAUUUGAACGAAAUAUCAAUGCGGAACAAGAUCAUUCUCAGGGGAACGGAAAAUCUCUGGUAGCCAUGGAUAUGAGAACAGCAUCACCGGUGAUUCGUCAAAUGUCCAAUAAACCAGUGAAGAAAGAUGUAUUUAUGUCACGCAGUUGGGGUGCAGGCGGUAUGCCAUUCUCAGUGCUUUACAUGAACACACAUGAAACACGAUUGAGCCACCCCCUAACUUCAGACACUUCAAAAACAUCUAAUGAGUCAUUCAAGAAGUCAGUGGAUGUUCCACUAGCUAGUUCAAAACAACCAAAUACUCGAGUAGCUGUGAGGAAUGGUACAUUACAGCCAAGAAGACAAUACUCAGUAAUACCUCAACUAUUCAUAUCCUACGGAUGGGGCCCAUUUGGUAAAUAAAACCUAAAUAUACUUGUAAUAUUGAUGGUUGCACAAGCUUGAUCUCAUUAGACCUUAAUAAUGCAACUUGGGAAAAUAAAUGUUUAAUAAAUGCUAGUUAUGACUUGUAUGGUCUACUAUUUCAGUUGAAUUAGUAGUCGGGUGCUAUAAACUGUGAACUUAAACGUACAGCGUGUAAUUAGUGAAGAAUAAUUUUUCUCUUCUAAAUGUUUAUAAAUAAUACUAGAUCACGUCUAUUGAUGCAAUUAAUUUCAUGGGAAUUCUAAGGAAAACAAAGAUUUGUCGAAUAAUAAUGAAAAAUAAAUUGAAAAAUGAAAUUUUUU